AGAAGGGAAGAAUGUUCUGGGGUGUGAGUCCAGCCUUAGAUCUACAGCAAGAAUAUCUCAAAUACGGCGAUGAGCACGCGUACGAACUAAAUUUUCUCGUUAUUGGAGGCUGCGAUGGAAGACAUCUGCUUAAAACUCUGGCCCAAGCUUAUCGGCACAACCGGAGGUACAUGAAUCUUUUUGUGAUCGACGGAUGCCCGGAGUUGAUAGCUAGGCAACUGCUCCUUAUGUCUUUGGCGUUAGAAAAGACAACGAGAUGUGGUUUACUGGAGAAAACAAGGCGUUAUCUCGAGGUAUAUGGGAAUCUGCUCCUGCGGCCGCCAACUUCGAGGUAUGUAAUGGCCAAAGCUCGUCAGUUGGUCGGUAUGAUCACCAAUCCUGACUACAUGAGCUGUCUACUCCCUAGUGUAUCCCUGGAACAGAUGAAAUAUAAAGAGAGGGACUAUUUGGAAAACUUGAUGAAUUUCUGGACGACCGGAAACACUAAUCAGUACAAUGCCUGUGAAUUGUGGGAAUACAGACUUAGAAAUAGCCUGGGAGUGCGGUAUGACAAUAGACAUGGAGUUUACGAUUGGGACUAUCAUAUGAGGCUGAAGGAGAUCGCCAGUGCUGUAUGCUUUCAAGAGUACAAGCAUUUCAGAGAGCACGGAGUGGCCUUUACGUGGUUGGAGACUGAAGUGUGCCGACCAAACUUUACUUUUGCGGCUGGUGUUUAUAAAUGCGGAGACCGAUACCUUCACAGAGGCUAUUUGGGUGAUCUUGUGACAUCCCCGUAUAUUUGCUUGGGCCUCGAUUGCGAGGACAAAGACAUGCUGAAAUCGACCCAUGGCGUGAACUACAAGCGCUCGACUGACAUCAGCGAACGUAAUGUUAUGCGGAUGAUGUAUGAGAUGGAAAACCACAAGAAAUUUGACGUCGCCGAGAUGGAAAUCGAAAAUGAACGGAAUUUGGGUAUGGUUGUAUUGAGUGAGUUCGACGCUAAGAUUUCGGAGUGUGGACCCGAGAUUCCGUUGGUGUUGCGAGAAGACCGCGAGACGUACAUUGAUGUGGACUAUGGAAAAGUUCACUUCUUAUCUGUCAGCGCCUUAGAUCAUUACCCCCAUAAGCCUCAGUUCCAAGGGCUGUUCCACGGGGUCUUCGUGGGACAGAAUAUGGUACCGCGCAUCAAGCCCAGUCUCUGGUCGAUGGCGCGUGAUGAUGCUGUAGUUAUCAUGGAGUCCAGGAAAUACAUGAUAGAACUAAAACGAGAUGAUGUUAAGGCGUUUGCCGAUCAAAUCCAGGAGGCGGCUGCGGCUGGACAUUGCGAGAAGAUCAAAGCAUUUGAUCCUGAAAAAGAUGAUUACGCUCGUUUUGUGAUCAGGAGGAAGCGUAGUGAGGGCACAGAUUUUUCGCUAUAAGUAAACAAAAAUUUCUUCUUUCAUCUAAGUUCCCUUCAAACUUUAAUUAACUUUUGUGAUUUCUUGAAAAGUUUUGUUGUUACUGUAUUACUAGUUUUGUGGAGAAGUCGUUUAUCUACACAUAUUACGUAUACUGCACUCAAUUAUAGU